AUGAGCACCCACGUCUUUUCUAACCAGUGCGGUGCUGAUCCAUCAGCGAGCGAAAUAUCAACUACAGACAGCCUAAUUCAGGAAUUUCAAGAGUUUGAAGCACAGGUGUAUUCUGGUGCACUAUUCGAUCGAAAAUGCAGGACAAGUACUCCAUCAGCAGAAAUCAAGAAUUCUCAAGCCAAUCAAACGACUAAUAUCUCUACAAGAACACAUGAUUCAUUUCAACAAAAAAGUUAUGCGAAUCAAAAGUCAAAAGGAAAGUCUGAUUUCAAUGAAACUUCUGAUAUUGAAGUAGACAGUUUAGAUGAUGAACCUGUGGAUCAUCACUUAGCACAAAUCAAUUUGUUAUCAAAGCGAACAGAAAAUUCUGGCAAUCAUUCAUCUCAGAUUACAGGCAACACUUCUACGCCCAGUUCUCCGGCGAAAGUUUCACGCAUCCCUCAGUUGAUUCGACCUGCUGUUAAACCAGGUAGUCGACCGACAACUUUGAACAGUUUGAAGUUGAAAGAAAAUGCUAAUUCCCCUGUGAUAUCACCUCAGCAUCACCUUCCACCUCAGCCUACAGUUGUUAUUCCUCAUAGUUCUAGUGUAACAAAUAGUAAUUUGUGUUCGCCAACUACUGAUCUGGGAACAACAAGAGUAUCUUCAAGAAGAAGUCAGUAUUUUGUUCCAAAUUUACUACUAUCACCCUCAGAUAUGACAAAAAGUCAAAAAUUUCAAUUAAAAACAACUGAGUCUAAUGCACCCACGCCUACUCAAUUAUCUCCAUCAGUUGAUUCAAUCAAUAACUCAAAACCCUGUAGUACAAAUCGUGUAAAGGUGACAGUUAAAAAGCUCGCUGCAUCACCAUCACAAUCUGUUAACUCAUCAGACUCAUCAUAUGGUCAGAUAAAUAAAAUAAAUCCUGAUACAGUUGCAUCCUAUGCUCAAGAAGAUCCAAUCGAAACACAUGAUUUAGUUGUGGCGAAAAUGGUUGCAGACGGAGUUGUUUGGAUACCAACAAGCAGUGCAAAUCCUACCCUGAAUACUGGGACAAAAAAUUGUCAAUCUGUGACUCAGAAAACUGAUCAGCUAAGAUGGUACUCUGAAGAGAUUGAAGAAGAGAAGGUGGAGAAUAUUUCCAUUACAAGAAGUAAUUCAAUACCUGAAUCUCGUCAGUCCAUGAAGCAUCAUUCUUCAGGAAGUCAUCAAAAUAAUCUUACCAGAGGCGGUAGUUUAAAUGAUCAAGAUCAGCUUGGAUCUGAGCAGUCUUUUCAUCCAUCAUCGACAUCAACAACAAAAGGAGAAAAGGAAAAGAAUAAUUCUGUCAAUCCACAACAACCGGUUACAUCAGAAUCUCUUGCUAAACAAUCUGAAUUAGAGGCUAAAUUACAAGAAGCGAUGAUUAUUCGAAAACAACAAGAUGACUACAUAAAGCAGUUACAAAUGUAUUAUGAUAAUCUUUUGACAAAACAUGCUUUAGCAGAAGUCACUAUCGAUCAGUUACGUAUGGGUAUGCGUGUUGGCAUCGAUGUUGACUCGAUAGAUGAAACACUUCAGAAAAAAGCAACUAAACCAAGAUCACAUAGUAUGCAGACGUUACAUUAUCAUAAUAAUAAUAGUAGUAAUAAUAAUAAUAAUCCAAGGCUUAUAUCAAAUGAAGAUUGUCUACAAUCUCCAAGGAAUUGUUACCAAAACAGAAAUAAUAAUUCAAACGACAUUACUGUCCAUUAUUCUUCAACACCAUUGUUAGAACAACAAAGGAAUAAAAUGAGAAGAAAUUCAUCAGCUCAUGAUGCAAGAGUUUUAUCAACAACUUCUGAAAGUUGGGAAACUGGUUUAGGCAGUGUAAGCAACAAUUCUAGUCAAUUUGUUCAACGUAAUAAUGAUGAUAUAUCAUCCAAGGUGGAUUUAAUGAAAAAUACGGAGAAGUUGACUUCUUAUGGACAAGAUCAGGCAAAACCUGGUGGAAGCGUACAGAAAAUACCUACUGAACAGCGAAGCCAUCAUAGAAAAAUCUCUGAACCUUCACCAUCACCAUCACCUACCACCCACAACUAA